UAGAUUACUUUCACCAGCCUUUGUGGAGAAAACUGCUCUUCAGCAAAUUUAGGGCUGCCACUAAAGAACUUCAGACUUUAAGGACCCGAGCUGCGUCCAGCUGUCCGUGCCUCCAGGAGGACAGUGUUUAUGUGGCUGAGCAGCAAGAGCAAAGGAGCCAAUCUAUUUAUUGGUCACACAGCAUCCAGUAUUGUAACCAGGACUUUACAGGAAUAAAGCAUAGGAUUUAUUUUCCAGCUCUGGUUCUGGCUUCUUUUCAUGGAGCAUUCCUGGUGAAAUCGGACCUUUAACCUGCUCUGUAUGUUGUAAACAAACUUAUUCCUGUUGCCAUGGAUCCAAUACUAUACUGCCUGACUUUUUGGUCACCUCUGUUGCAUCAUCUAUCCACCACCUCCAGCCACAAUUUUCCAUUUUCCUUACUGGAGAAAUCUGAGCAGAGCUGGGCACUCAUCUCUGAUGCUGAGUUGCAAAAAAAGCAGAUUAUCAUCCGCACCUGUGACUAUAAAGAAGUUAAAUCCGCAAUGAGGAUUAAAAAAGCAUCGAAACAGGAUGGUACAAAGCAAAAAACAGGAAAAAAAGAGAGAAUCUGGCAAGCAAAGGAACUAAAGCAGAGAUAUGCAGCUAAUCUUUUGAAUUAUAAAAAGGAUUCAUCUUUGCAAGAAAGGUUUUGGAAACAAUUGCUUUUAAAAGCAGCAUCUAGUGAGGAUGCAGAGAGAGUUUAUGUUCCCAGUCAACCCCUACUGGCAUCCACAAAAAACAAAGGAUCUAUUUUUAGGACACAGUAUGCCAUAAGGCCUGCUCCGGAUAAUGACAUUGAAUUUUUCAGUAAGAAGCUAAAGAGAAAAGAAGCCAAGUUCCCUUCCCAGCAGGAAGAAAGAAAAGCAAUGAAUAUAAACAAAAACAGAGGAAAAAAUGAGAGCAAACACAUUUUAGCACACAGAUUACAAAUAUUGAGGACUCAUGAAGCAAAUUAUCAUGACGGCAGCGUAAAAAUGAUGCCAUGUGAUGUGAGACAGGGCGCUUUGAUCAUGUUGAUUCCUCACACGGAGAUGGAGACAGAAACAGAGCCAUCAAAGGCUGCAAACACAGAGAGGAGGUGGGAAAUAAUUAAAGAGCUGGCUGACCCCGCACCUUUCAUCAAAUCCUUAAAGGACUUCAUUAGUGAAACAGAAAAACGCAAAUGUAAAUACUUUGAAGUGAAAAAAAGCUUUUUAAAACUCUAUCUAAUAGACAGAAGAGAGAUGACAGAUCUCAAGAUAGCAGAAAAAAUACCAGAAGUUACAACAGUAGCUGCUCCACCACAGACAACAAAAGAGACUCAGGAUAAUGUGGCUGGUAAUUCCACUGAAGAACCAAAGACAGAAGAGGAGUCUGUAAUACCAUCGGCGCCCUCACUAGGAGAGAUGCAGACUGAAACCACAACAGCCGGGUAUAUGACUGAAGAGACCACAGUAAAAAUGGAGAUCCAAGAGACGACAGAAGUACUCGGUCAAAGCAGCACCACUGACGUCCAGCCAAGUGGAGACCAGAGACAAACCACGCCACCCGACUCAGACUUGGAGCCAAGAUUCAUCAAAUGUGUAACACACAAUACACAAGCUACACCUAAAGUCCAGUUCUCUGGCCUCAGGAUGAGAGAUGAGUUAUCAGUUAUUACGGGAAAACUCAACCAGGAUGAGGAAAAGGAUGAGAAAGGUUCAGCCAACUGCGCUGAAAGUGGCAGAAAACAGGGUUUGGACCCCGAUGGGAGGAAAUCACAGACGAUUUUUAAAAGUUCAGAAGACGUCCAAAAGGAACAUACCGACAAAGAUCCAAAGGCUGCAGAUGGCACCACACAGCUCUGCAAAGGUUUGAUUGAUCGCACUGAAGCUGGUUGGAAACACUGCAAGGAGAGACAGGCUGGACCAGCAACCAGGCCUGCAUCUGUUUGGGACAUCCCAGAUGAAAAAAACAUGAGGAGAGAUAACCUAAAACCUCCCAGCAAUGAAGAUGAUCACUUCUAUUAUUUCAACGGGGUACUGAAAAGAGUUCAGAACAAUGUGCAAGUCUAUUUCAAGAGGCAUAGGCGCAGAAGACGAAGAGGAACCACAGAGGAUGCUAUCAGAGAGAGAGAAUGA